AGCUUCCGGUUUGUAAACAUGGCCGCCCCCAGUAACUUCUUCGACCUCCACUGGUUGCGAUAAACGUAUACAGUGAAACGACUUCAUUUUCGAGAAAAACAAAACGCCCUUCGAAUGAACCUUUUAUCUCCUGAGUCAUCAUGUCUACCUUUCGAGCAGCAGUGCGCUUAAGACCAACAGGAUGGACGAGGGCAUUCAGGAGUAAUAGAGAUCAUGACCAUCUUCUUCACUAUCCAGCUGUCAGCAAUGGUCAAGGAUUUCAACUUUUGGUCAAGAAUGCAACCUUGAUAAAAAAUGGGAUGUGUACUUCAAGUGUCCGACCUUGCAGCUCGCAGGGAGUGAGUGACUCUAGUGGCUCAGGGAGCGGCCCGUCAUCUGCGUCUGGUACUGUGACUUCUGACAGUGAGCCAAACGUGUUUGACGAACUGUUCCCGUCGGUGAACUUGUCCCCUAGGUUUGUGAAAGACGCAGAGUACCGGCUGUACGAGUGGGGUCGUCAGGUCAAGGAGGAGCAGAACCGUAGCCAGGUAGUAGACCUGUCAGCUAUUGUCUCACAAAACUUCUCCAGCGUGGUUGAUUUCUCGCUGAGUGUGGCCUCGCCACCUCACUUUCGGCACCGUUGCCUACUUAUCCUCCUCUCGCAGCCAGAUGACCUUGAGGCCACGGAGAGGCUGCUGAGUCAGACAGUGCGAGAGGCUGUGACCCUGCCGCUCAAGGUCGUGGCUGAUGUGGUUCUUGCAUUGUCUUCCGCAGCUAGUACACCACUGAGGGACAAAGCACGUCGCGACUUGGUGCAAGCCGUGGUUAACAAGCGAUGGUACGAGGUGGGGCCCAGACAUGCAGUCUUCUUCAUGUACCAGCUUGAUGACCUUUUUGACAUGCGCCGAGUCUCCUCCCAGCUGCGGUUACGACACAAGACAACUGCGUUCCCUAACACAAGGAACAAGGCACAAGGGCAGAGUGCUCCUCCAGAUGCCAAGAGUGCUGAAGAAAGUGCUGAGGAAGGUCAAGCUUCAGCUGCAGCAGGAGGGGAGGAGGAGGCAAUCCCCAUACUUAGCAUGAACCUGGAAGCUCGGGCCAUCACUCUGGCAGACCAGCUCAAAGUGAAAGACUUGUCACGGGUUGUGGUGCUAAUGGGCAAGUGGAGGAGUCGCAAUGAGCCUCUCCUCAAUGCAGUGCUUCACCGCCUGACCCAGGCAGAUCUCAGUGAGUUCAGCUUUGCACAGCUCAGCAACCUGCUGUUCGCCUGCUCCGUGCUGCGACUGCACAACAGCGCCUUCCUCAGCAAACUGUCAGCCCAGCUGUGUGAGUGCCCGGCCCCAAGUGCAGCCGCUGCCUGCUCUGUGGUUACCUCCCUCUCUCACCUGCGAUGGCGCGACCUGCAGCUCAUAGGCCAGAUCCUGAAUGACAUGGCAGAUAAGUUGGACCAUAUGACCGCCCGUGAGGCCAUCAAUUUGGUUGUCUCUCUGGGGAAUCUGUACCCUGCUCCACUGAGCGACUCUCAGGCACGCACUCUCACAGACCUGUCCAGCAAACUGUUGCCGGGAGAGAGCAACCCCUCUGACCGAGUGUCAGUUGUUCACAGUCUGGCUGUGCUGCGGCUGUUGAAUCCUGAGCUGGCCGCAUCCAUUUUUGAUCCAGACUUCGUGCAACAGUUAAAGGGGUCAGAAGACUUCUCACAAUCUGCCAGUCUGCAGAAACUGCGCAGCGUCAACAUGGCUGCUAAGCUGGAGGUCAAGGACUACUCAGGCCCAUUGCUGUCUGACAGCGAUCUCACCAUCCCUGAAGAACAGAACCAGCAGACGACCACAGACGGGUCACUAAAUGCUGCACUUCUCAAUGCCUUGGGGAAAUACGCUGACCUGAUGACCUAUGUGAGACCAGGGGUAGAGGUUGCUGCUGGUUUAUCUAUUGACGCUGUGAUGUGUGCCACCUGUGACGGGGAAGUGAGGCCUUUGUCUGCCCUUGACACACCUGACUCUGCAGAGAGCCUGCACAGAUCCUGUACUCAGACCUUAGGCAGAGCCAGACAGCUGUAGAGCAGGUGAACAACAUACGGAGGAGAAUUGUCGAGGCUGUUGCCACGGCGAUGCAGAAGCAACAAAGUCCUGACCCUAGCUAGGCUGGACAGUGCGGAGUAAACGUAGUCUUAACUUUAUGUCUAUUGUGACCUUACCUUUUGAAUCAUGACUGGGCCUGAGUGUGUGUGCGUUGGGGUUUGGUUUGACGAUGUGUGUGUGUGAGAGAGAGAAAGAGAGAGACUAGAGAGGGCGGGAAAAUACUAAAUAGGUGAUUGGGUAAGGCAGGGGGGGUUGGUAACAAUGAGGGGAUAUGUCUGGGAAAGAGAAAGUAAAAAGAGAAUGUGACCUGGCUAAUACCUCGUAGAGUUGUGAUAGCCAUGCUUAUGUUGACAAUGACUGUGUAUCUAGACUAUGUUGCCAGUGUGUUGAGGCUGUGUUGCCGGUGUGAUAUGUAACAGACACUUGUAGUAUCUGUCGUUUGCAUCUGUUCAAUAUGUGUACAUGUAUGUGUGCACUUGUAACUUAUUGUUUUGCAGGUAUGUGUGGGCAAAUAUUUAUGAGUGGUUUUUUUAUUUGUAUGGUAUGAGUGUUCAUAUAUGUCCGUUUUCACAUUUGAUGAUGUAUGUGCUUACUUUUAUGAUAUAUGUAUGUAUGUUUUGUACAGUCUAGCAGGCACAUCACAAAAUUGAGGGGGUGCAGAAAUCUGUUCUAUAGUACAAAUUCUGCUAUGGAGGUGUUUUAGAUACAACAAUAAAAACAUAUUUGAGAAAAAAAAUUGGUAACCUGAACAUCUGUUCACUAUGUGUAGUGUAUGUUCGCAAUGUGUAGGUUUGUGAUGUGUUUGCUAGACUGUAUGUAUGUGUUUGGUCUGCAGAUGUAUGUAUGUCUGUGUGUAUGAGGGGAAGAAAGGGGCUGAAAAGAAAGAGAGAGAGGGGGGGGGGGGGAUUUCACCUCUAGUACAUAGGUUCAUUGAUAUGUUUUCUCUUGAUCCAUUGUCUUUACUGUAUGUUGUGUUGGCUCUGAUGUGGUCACGUCCCGUCGAAUGAGAACCUGCCCCCUUGGUGGACACCACCACCCAACUCCUUGCAACUGACCACUUAUAGUAAAGACUGGAUUUGUUACGCCCAA